CGCUGGCAUGCGACAGAUACACACCAACACCGAACGCGCACAUCGUACCACGUUUUGCUCUUGAUUGCCUCUGCGCGCAUUCUAUUUCUCUAUCUUACAGUUGCUUGCUUAGCCCCAUCAUUCCUCGUCGGGUACCCGCCGACCCCGUACGACGACAUAAGCCGCUGCGCCGAAAUCCACCACAAUGGCGUCUGUUACGUCGCUGGACCAGGAUAUGAAGAGGUUGCGCAUGGGGAGGUAUACGCCACAGGCUGCGAAUGAAGUGCGCAGCUGGAUAGAGGACGUCCUGGGAGACCGCCUGCCUCCGGGGGAUUUACUGGAUGCGCUGAAAGAUGGAACUGUGCUAUGCAGGCUUGUAAAUCUCGCCGUACCCAAUCCCGGCGUCAAGUUCAAGAAAUCGCCCAUGCCUUUCAUACAGAUGGAAAACAUCUCCCACUUCCUCCGUGCCUGCGAAAUGCCGCCGCUGAACAUGCCCUCGCACGACCGCUUUCUGACCGUCGACUUAUACGAAUCCAAAGAUCCCGCGCAAGUUUUGCAAUGCUUGAACGCCUUCAGCCGGGUCGCCAACUCCGUGAACCCCUCUAAUUUCCCGACCACAAUAGGUCCCAAGCGCGGCGGAGGCCCGCUGAGCCCGACGACAACUGGGGCCGGGGGAUAUUCCAAUGGCGCCUCCCUGGCAUCGCCCGGGUUAGGGCGAAGCAGGGGUGUCAGCACCACGAGCAACACGAGUGGGUCGGCCACAUUCAAUCCUCUCUCUCGGCCUCCAGCGGAGAGAGCACUGAGCCCUCACCUCACGGGUGGCUCCAACUCGUCCAAGACCUCCAACGGUAUACCUAAGUCGCCCCCUGGCGGCGUAAGCAGUUGGAGUAAGAAAACUGACGAGGGAAUUACAGCGCCGGCCUGGAAUAUCCAUCAGUAUGGCUACAUGGGCGGUGCGAGCCAAGGCAACCAAGGCAUAUCUUUCGGCGGGCGCCGGCAGAUCACCAGCGCAGGACCAUACGUACCUAAUAUGGCGGAGAAAGAGCGAAGGCGGAGGGAGAAGGAGGCUGAAGAGGAGCGUUUGCGCAUCCUGGCGGAAGAGGCUGAGAACAAGCGUCGCAUCGAACGAGAGGCCGAAGAAGAACGCGCACGGUUGGAAGAGGAGCGGAGAUGGGAGGAAGAAGCACGAAAACAGCGGGAGACAGAGCAGCGCCGGCUUGAGAAGCAGAAGCGCGAAUGGGAGGAGCAAGAGAGGCAAUGGAAGCUAGAGGAGGAGCAGCGACAGAGAGAAGAACAGGAGACCCAGGCGAGGUUGGCACAGGAGACGCGUCGAAAACGAGCUGGAAGUGAUGCCAGGCUUAGGGGGCAGUACCUAAGUGAAUACCAGACGGAACAAAGCAGCAAACCGCGCAGCCGACGGAACAGCCAGUACGAUCCGGAUUACGACGCUGAGCGGGACAGAAUACAGGAGCUCGAACGUCAGCUCGAAGAGGCGAAAGAGCGGGAGCGGCAAUAUCAACGUGAGCGAGAAGAGCGCUUCAGAGAUGACGACCGCCGCAAAAUGCGAUCUCGGUCGAAGAGCAGGACACGGGAUUCAACCAGAGAUCGAUCGCGGAGCCGACCGCGUCCUCAACCUCCGCCACGCGCGCCUUCUCCUCAAGACAGUACAGCUUCGUGGGCACAAGCUGAUGAUCGGGAGUAUGUACGGAGGCAGAAGCAGCAACCGCGGCCUCUUCCGGAGCCGACAGCACCUUCGCUUCCAGCGCGUCCUCUCCCGGAACCUUCAGCACGCCCUCUGCCGGAUCCUGCAGCGUACGCCAAACAGAGCCGCACAGACCGUUAUCUUGCGUCCAAUCCUGCACCUCUAGCGCCCAAACCAACAAGCCACAUCCCUCCGGAGCUCACCUCCACAUCUGAGCGUGCAGCAGAGGACGCCCGUCGCGCGGCCUCUCAGACAAAGACGAAGGCAGGUGGAUGGGCGUCCAAGUCGUUGCUGGAGCGAGAGAUGGAGCGGGAAAGAGAUCGCCAGCGCGAGUGGGAAGAAUCUCAACGUGCACUCCAGAACGCUCCCAAAGACCCGAGCGCUGGUGCGGGAGAGGGACAGAGUUGGGACGUCAAUCAAUACGGGUAUAUGGGAGGUGACAGCCAGAAUAAGACCAGCUCCGGCAUUAACUUUGGCGGGCGGAGGCAAAUUCUUGGGCCUCGUCCAUUUGGUCCGAGAUGAUUGCAUUACGACCUGGAUGUAAGGUCGUAUUUAUAGCGCGGAUUUUCGGGGAUGCUUGAAUCCUUAGCAUUAUGGGUUUAGCGUUAGUCUUGAGGAUUCCCGUACGCUGGAGAGGGUGAUCCAAAGGAAUAGUUACUAGCUUGUAAAGCCAUUCAUAUAGAUCGACAAAAUUCAC